ACACGAGAGUAGCUUCCCUUUCCAAGAUGGACGAUUAAUUGUUUACAUUCACGACGAAAUAAAUACCUCAUAUGGAUAUCGAUAAAAACUGAGCUUUACAUACCUAUUUAAUGGGUUUCAGCCACAUUUCAGUAUGAGCGGACGCGAUCUACGAUCUUUUGUAACAAAUUAUAGAUCUGCAGAAAUUGAUAAAUUAGCCAGGAGAGCAACUGAUGGGUUGGGUAGCAACAAAUAUAAAGAUGUUGACUAUUAUAAACUCAGUAAUCUAUCAUCCGAGAAAAGAUUUACAUCCCAUAAAUUUUCUAUGAAACUGGAAAAAAUUGAAAAACUGUGCAAGCGUAAUAAAGAGAACAAUUUAAUUAAACAACACAAAUUAUUGUGGCAAAAGGAAUUUCUUAAGUUAAAUCAUGCUAGGAAGAAAAUUCAAGCUGAAAUUGAUGAACACAUGAGAGACAAUAGAACAGGUAUCUGUGCCCAGGUUUAUAAAGAGUUUGAAUAUUACAAUAACAGACUAGAACAUGAUUUUGAAAGUUUUAAGAAGCAAACAGCCGAACCAUUAUGGAAUCUACGGGAAGAUUUAGAAUAUUGGUUAACAGAAAAUAAGAAGAGUUUAUCUGAAGGACAUCCUGAAGCUUUAGAAAAACAUGAGGAAGUUAAAUCUACCAUAGAAUCAGUGGAAAAACAACAAGCUGCCAUAUUUCAACAUUUACAGGGUGAACAAAUAGCUCUUGAAAAAGAACUUAAUUCAGAUGAAAUGCUGGAUUUAUGUCCCGUUCAACUAGAGAGACGUCCACACAUCAAACAGGGUAUACCAGAUGAAGUUAUACAAUGUUACUGUCCAGAUGAAAACUUAAAAACCUCUGUUCUAAACGAAUUCCUUCAUUUAGAUGCCAAAUAUUGUCAUCGUAUUGAAGAACUAGAUAGAAAGCAUACGCUAGCGAAAAGAUAUGAUAUGUGUGGUGAUUGGUAUGAAGAUGAACAUUUUAUAUUUCUGGCUGUGUAUGACCAAUAUCCAUGUGAAUUAAACAAUCGUAGAAAUCUUCUUCUAGACAGACUUAAACGUCACUUACCCAAUAAAACCAGACAUGAAUUGAUAUCUCAUGAAGAUUGGUGGCUAGAUUAUAAAUAUUACCAUGAACGACUAAGAGGUGUAAUGUUAGAUUGGGCUAGAGAUAGAAAAGAACUUCUUAAUAAAGCCUAUUUGAUAUUUGAAGAAGCACAAAUUGUCCAUACUCUAGAAGAAAAGAAGUAUGACCAUAGAAAUCACCAAAAAGAAAUAUGUGAUGCUCUCUUUAAUAAGGUUUUAAAAUGGAGAGAACAGAAGGAAGAAGCUAUGAAACUUGAAGCUAAACUAGAAGAACAACAUAGACAAGAACUUGUUGAACGAAUGGAACGAGAGAAGGAAAGAGAAAAUAAUAAAAGAAUGGAAGCAAAAAGCAAGAUAAACAGUUAUCAAGAAGAGAAAGAAAGAAGAAGGAAUGAAGAGAGUGAGAGAGAUAGAAGAAGAUUAGAAGAAUUAAAUCGGUUGUUAGAAGAACAGGCUGAAUAUGAUAGAGAACGAGUAAAAUUUCGUAAAGAACAAGUAGAUGAGAAAAAUGAAGAAAGAAAACGACAGAUUUUACAGCAAGAAGAGGAGGAGAGAAAGAAAGAAGAAAGACUAGAAGCAUUAAGAGAAACUGUUAGAAUUACAGCAGAAUCUGAUCCAGAAAGAUUACUCCAAAAUACUGAGGCAUGGGAGAGUCGACUAACUGAAGAUGAAAAUGUACCACUCGAUAUACAGAAACCAUUAUUUAAUGUUCACACUUUUACAUCUAAUCAGGUCACAUCAGACCCUAGAAUAAGAAUAGAACAAAAAUUACGGGAAGCUGGUCUCCACAAUUCUGAGUAUGCUAGAAAAAUUUUAUCAGAAGUGAAGCCACUACACCCACCAAGGAGAGAUAUGAUUUCCACUGUAUUUAAAGAUUGAUUCAUAUCAAAUUUAUAUAAUGUAUAUAAUGCUAUUCUGGUGCAAUGUUGUGAUUGAAUAUUGUUUGAAUUAAACAUACAUUAUGCAAAAGCUAAAUCUGCAUAUUCCAGUCUUUCUUUGGGCCUUUAUAAAUGUUAUAUAAACUAUUAAUUAGACAUUAAUGAUUAAUGUGACAAGACCAUAAUCAACUCUCGAAUGUGUCCGAUUUUAAGUACAUUGUAGAUUAGAACGGUUUGGCCAUUUAAUGAUUUAAUUUAAAAAUGGUGGUUCAAUAAAUGCACACAUCUGGUCAAACCUUCAAAGGCUAAUAUCUUCACUUAGAAUAAAGUAAUUUGAAUGAUAUUUUCAAUAUAUUCAUUUUGUAUUAUCUAUUUUUGAACUAUUAUAGCAAGAACGACCAGCUCUUUAUCUAAUCUUACAUAAUGCUUCUUUAAUGAAAUGGAAAAAACUUAAUGAAAUAAAAGGGGUUUUAGCCUCUUUUCUGCAACAACCAGACUAAGAGAGGUGGCCAGGCAUAAGCCAUGCAGUGUGCUAAGAAGGAUUUUUUUCCCAUAUGUGGAGCUAUGGCCUACUCUUGGUUUUUUUUUACUGACCAACGGUCCAAGGGGAUUGGUAAGGGGUUGCCAUUGGUACCCCCAUUGUUUCUUUUGUCCCUGACAAGGGGGAACCAGACUGGAAAAUCCAGAGAAACUUUCUAGGAACACACCAGGAUCGAACCAGAGAUCAGCUGUUUAGUGAGCCAGUGCCUAGCUCACUUGGCCAUUCAUUAUAUUGAGUUUUAACCAUUCCUAAAUAUUGAGACCAGCUUGAAUCCUGUCCUUGACCCCCAUAUCAUUGUUCAUGUUAUAGUGAGAAUUAGUGGUCACAAUGAAUGCAGAUUUUACUUUUCGAAAUGUCAAAGUCAAUGUUAAACAUUGAUUCAAUUUAAAUGAUCAACUUUGGGAUUGUUUUCCGACAUUUUCAGUGGACGCUUCCGGCAGGCCCCCGGAGCCGUUCACUUGAUUUGAUACAUAUAUAUAUGGUUGUUGUUAAUUGCUUGCAAUGCUUGUGUAAGUUGUAAGUUGUCUAAUAGAUUUUGUGUGUGUGGUGCAGUCCUUCUGCACAUACUAAUAAAAAUAAUGAAUCUUUCAAAUCAAUAUUUACCUUCAUUGUUUAUUUAUUUUUUUUAAUAUUACUGGUUUUCAUUCAAAUAAAAUUGAAUAAAUGUA